AUGUAUACUGCGCCCGCUGCUCAACCUCACCCUCCGUAUCAGCAGCCGUAUCAGCCUGGUUAUGCUCAACCUCAGUAUCCUGUGGUAGCUGCAUAUGCUCAGCCUUCGUACCAACCAGCUCCUCCACCAGUGGCAUACGGCGCUCAGCAAUAUCAACAACCUUAUGCUGCUGCUGCUCCACAAAAUGGACCUCCUUUGAAAAAGCAAAAAGGCAAUCCCGUGAUCACACGCUAUCCUCCACCCCCAGGAUAUAAACAGCAACCGACAUAUGCUGCGGCUCCCUAUACAGCACCGGCGUACCCCGCACAUCCUCCACAACCCCAAGCAGUUUACACCCAGCCCACUUACCAAGGAUAUCAACCUCCGACCGCCCCAGCAUAUCCUCCAGCAGUAGCAUAUCCUCCUCAGCCGGUAUACGACCCAAAUCAAGCUUACCAGCAGCCACCUUAUCAGCCACCUCAAUCUACUCAGCCGUAUUCCACGACAGCACCAACGCCGUCAUACUCUGUACCUGCACCUGCAUAUCCACCCCAGGAGCACACAGGCUAUUAUGAUGCGAACGGUGCUUAUAUAGCGGCACCUGCUACCAAUCCAACGCCGUACAUCGAUGCCUCCGCUUAUCCUCCGCCGAUAAGUGAGGAUGGCUAUGCGGCAUCGCACACAAGGCAGUCUAGUCUCGACUUCGGCCUGGAUUUUGACUUUGAGAGCGAAGCUGGCGUCCCGGCUGAGGAGGUCGUACCAGAACUGAGCCUUGGUCUGAUUACAUGGCAUCCAGCUAUACCUACCAGCAAGCCCCUACCUUCAGUCUUCGAUGAAGCUGAUUCGAAGUGGACCGAAUCCGCCAAAGCUACUGAAGAUGCACACAUCAGUGUUACGUCCGAGUUCUUCCCUGACGACAUGUCGGUCGAUAUCAGACUCAGUGUACGAGAUACAGACGAGUGGCAGAAGGUCAAGGACGAUCUAAUAUUUGUGGAGUUUGGAAAGACGGCUGCGACAGUCCCCCUUCUCACUGUCAUUGCAAACCGCGACCGUCCCGAUCCUGUCACUGAGCAGCUGGAGCCAGUAACACAGCACAGUGGUUCUCUUCCCGCGGUUGUGCAUCCUUUGCCGGUGCAACAGUUAGUUGCAGGAGCCGAGGACGAUCAGUCCGAUGGGGACCAAGCUAUGGACAUGAGCGACGAUGAAGACGAGCCCGUCAAGCCUGCUGUUCAACCAACCAUCCAACCCCUUGCCCAUCCCUUGCCACGGCCAGUAACCCAGUCAGCUCCGGUGACAAAGCAGGUCACCAUCCUCGACUCUCUUGAGCUGGCACUAGGACCCAAGUCACCUCGGAAGAACGAUAGGCAACCAUCAAGAUCUUCUAUGCGUCACUCGAGAUCGCGGUCGCCUGAGAAGCGCAGCAGACAAGGCUCGCAACAGCCCAAGGCCAAGCCUGCUCCGCUUCCCAAGGACUCAGCGCAGGAGAACAUUCUGGCGGCGCUUGGUGUAGAGGGAUCACCUAAAAUGGUUUACCCCACUCCACCUCCUGCUCUGGGAUUACCGGUACCUCUAGGCAAUCGCCAGAGAAUCACUCCCCCAGGUGGCUUUGCGCCUACGAAUCAACGCUUCGCGUACGGUCCUCAGUUCCCUCCUCCACCGCCACCUCGCGAAAGUCGUUCGCCAUCGUUCGAUCCAUGGCGUGCACACGAUCCCGCCAGUCCCAAAUCCACUACCUCUCAGCACACUGCAGCCGGUUCAGACUUCCACGGCGACGAUGUUGAUAUGGAUGCUACGCCCAAAGCCAAGCCGUCAGCUGCCCCUGAGAAAACAGGUAGUGGCAGAAAGCGUACCUAUGAGGAAGUUGCGGCUGCAGAGGGACGCCGCAGACAGGAUGAUGACACUCCACGAGCACGACGUAUGCGACAGAGUAGGCAAGAUGUCUACAGUCGAUACCGCCGGGGUUCGUGUACAGAGCCUGAAAAGGCCAGGGAGAUUGUUUCCGGUCAACAGUGCAGGUGUACGGUGACCAGAUCUGUCUCACCGCAGGAGAAAGGGCAGAUCACGUAUACGUAUCCCAUGUUCACGGCUCAUCUAUUCGGUUGGAGCAAUGAUUCGAGUGGCACGUAA